CCAAAUUAAGCUUUUCCCGCACGGAAAGGCCCAAAUCCGGGAGAAAUCUGCGGGUGGGUGCGGCCGCAGUCCGCGCUCCUCAUCUAGCCUAAUCUAGAAUUCUAGACUGCCUACUACUACAUCCACUACGUUAUGUACUCUGAGCUCCUCGCGCUGCGCCGGCGGCACAGCCGCAACCAACCAAUCGGUCAGAUGGCUCCCCCUAGCUACUCGCCAGCACAGUCAGCUUUUCCGCCCAAUCCCGCCCCUACCGAGCAACCACGGGCCGUGCGGAAGCAGCGCCGCCCGGAACCUCUUCCCUCCGGCACACGAACGGAGGAAGCGGCAGUUGAAACGCGCGGGGAGGCAAGCCGAUCGAUCUCACCUCUUUCCUCCUCCUCUCCCGCCGCCGCCGCCGCCGCGGAGGUUGAAGCGGAGGCCAGAAGCACCACGAGCAGCAGCACCAGCGUCUCCGUCCGCCUCAGCCAGGCCAUCGCCGUCGUCGUCGUCUCCCUCGCCCGCACCGGAGGAGACUGGUAAGAAAGAAGAAGAAGAAGACGGCGGCAGCGAGGAGCAAGCACACCGUUCCGUGACUCCGUCAAGUUACGGAACGGUGGACAGCGACCCGAACGGGCCGGCCCCCACGGUUGGGCUACCGCGUCGUCCAAAGGCCAACCAGAUGGAGCCACGUGUCCCUCGAGAGGACGGAUGAGGGGGGAAGAAGGAUGAGACUGUGUUCAACGGUUGCUCUCGGUUUCCCCCUCCCCUAACACUGUAGCCGCUCCUUCAACGGCGUCCUCCUCCUCCUCCUCUCCCUUCCUGAUUCUUUCUCUCUCCCGCUAAAUCGAUGGGCACGCUACGCCGUAUUCCUUCCCCGCAGCCCCGCAGCCGCUUCUUCGCCCGCGCGCUCGGAAUACUCCGCACCAAUCCUAGCUGCGGGCAGGGGUUCCAGCCGCUUCUUCGCCCACACGCCCGCUCGCUCGGAAUACUCCGCACCAAUCCGUGUCGGACCGGUACGUGUGCGAGAUCUGCGGGCAGGGGUUCCAGCGCGACCAGAACCUGCAGAUGCACCGGCGGCGGCACAAGGUGCCGUGGAAGCUGCUGAAGCGGGAGGCCGGGGAGGCGGCGCGGAAGCGCGUGUUCCUGUGCCCGGAGCCGAGCUGCCUGCACCACGACCCCUCGCACGCGCUGGGCGACCUCGUCGGCAUCAAGAAGCACUUCCGCCGCAAGCACAGCGGCCACCGCCAGUGGGCCUGCGUCUUCUCCCGCAUUGUGUGGGGAUCAAUUGCUUGGCUUAUCUAGAUGGUUCCAUAUUUAGUACAAGUGAUCAUCUUUUUUGCGGGAGCCGUGAUGGUACCUUGAAAAGAUGGGAAUUAAAUAAUGGGGAUGCAAGCUUCUCAGGAACUUUUGAGUCUCAUGUUGAUUGGGUAUGCUUUUUUCUGUUUUUAAUUAAGUAGGCUUACUGUUUCAUCAAUCAGUGCUUUAAAUAGACAUUAUGUUUAUAAAUUAGUUAUGUUUAUGUUUAACAUGGUGUCUGUGGUCUAUUAUUUGGAUCCAAAGCUUAGCACAUUUCUAGUGUCCAUAUAUUUUAGCAUCAACAUUCUAAUUGACAUUUUGAGUUCAUUAUGUUAACAUACAUUUAGAUUGAUAUAUUCAAGUUGGUUUCCAUUAUUUUCA